AUGUGUGGCAUCAGUGCUAUCUUGCUCGGCGACGUCAAGGCCACAACGGCUGCUGUGGAGCUUCACGAGAGCAUCUACUACCUCCAGCAUCGUGGACAGGAUGCCGCCGGCAUCACGGUGUGCCAGGGCGGACGGCUGUACCAAAUGAAGGGCAAUGGCCUGGCCUCCAAAGUAUUCCAGGAGCCUGCCCGUCUUGCCGAUAAUCUGCCCGGCUACGGAGGCAUCUCCCAUGUUCGCUAUCCGACCGCUGGAACCUCUUCCGCUUCGGAGGCACAGCCCUUCUAUGACAGCCCCUUCGGCCUGAGCUUGGCUGUUAACGGCAACCUCGUCAAUAGUCAGGAGCUUCGCAGCUUCCUUGAUCUUGAGGCUCGCCGCCAUGUCAACACUGACUCUGAUUCGGAGCUUCUCCUCAACGUGUACGCCCAUGCUCUCCACGAGCUAGGAAAAGCUCGUGCCAAUGCCGACGACAUCUUCGCUGGCCUGCGUGACGUUUAUGCCCGUUGUAAUGGCGGCUUUGCCUGUGUUGCCAUGAUCACCGGCUUCGGUAUCCUUGGCUUUAGAGAUGAGAACGGUAUUCGACCCCUUUGCCUGGGAUCCCGCCCCUCGGCGACUCUCGAAGGCGCACUGGACUACUUCAUGGCCUCCGAAUCCGUCGCCCUUACUCAGCUUGGCUUCACCAAUAUCGUCGAUAUUCUGCCUGGACAGGCCGUCUUUAUCCAAAAGGGCGGCAAGCCUCAGUUCCGCCAGAUUGUCCCCAUGAAAUCUUAUACCCCCGACAUAUUUGAGCACGUCUACUUUUCUAGACCUGACUCUACGUCAGACGGAAUCUCUGUCCACCGUAGUCGCCAGAAUAUGGGCCGCAAGCUGGCCGACAAAGUGAGGGAGAUUUUGGGAGAGAAGGGGGUCGAAGAGAUUGACGUCGUUAUUCCCAUCCCCGAGCCUGGCCAAAAAGCCCGCCAACAGGGUAUUCGCAGAAAGCUGUCGCCCAUCCAGGCCGAAUUCCGCGACAAGGUCGUCCUCCUGGUCGACGACUCCAUUGUCCGCGGCAACACAUCAAGAGAAAUUGUCUUGAUGAGCAGAGAGGCGGGUGCCAAAAAGGUCAUCCUGGCGUCAUGCUCGCCUGAAAUCACACAUCCGCACGUCUACGGCAUUGAUCUCGCGGAUCCCGCCCAACUCGUCGCCCAUGGCAAGACGAGAGAGCAGAUUGCUAAGGAAAUUGGCGCUGACGAGGUAAUUACCUGCCUGUUGCCUAUCACUGUCUUUCUAGAACAAAAACUAACCGCCCCCGACAACCCACAGCUGAUAUACCAGUCCCUGGACGACCUCCAGGCCGCCUGCUUCGAGGCCAUCGAGGGCGAGACCAAGGUCACCGGCUUCGAGGUCGGCGUCUUCUCCGGCCACUACCAGACCGAGGUGCCCGAGAGCUACUUCCAGCACCUCAGCGAGCUGCGCGCCAGCAAGGGCCGCAAGCGCAAGUCGCCCGACGAGCAGCCGCAGCCCGACGGCCACCCCGACGACCCCAGGAAGAUGACGCUCGUCGCCAACGGAGGGCCCGUUAACGGGCCAUCCUCGCCGCCGCCGGCUGCUGCUGCCUCACCGGCGCAGGAGCCCGAGGCCAUGACGAGCCAGGAGGACAUUAGGUAA